CUAAGCUGUAGCGCUUACAAAGUAAUGCUUUGUAGUGUGUGGUCGUCCGCACAGUUAUUGUAAUGGGUAAACUUCAGGUGUAUGUUUGGAUACUGUCUGGAGAUAAGUAAGAGCAGUUUCAAACAAAUUGACUGGAGAGAAUACGGCGGCGACCGAUUCCGUUUCUGGCGCGACAGACAAGCCCACUUGACCAUAGUCAAAACAUACUUUACUAUUUAUUUGUAGUUGUAUUGCUCACAAGCCCUUAACAUGAUGCUGUCUCGCAACACGAUUGUGGCCACUCCGGCGCGGCAGACCGCUCGCAGCGUCGUGGCUCACGGGCUCAAGGAGAAUGUGGCCAAGCUGGCGCCCAUCACGGACGUGGCGGCGGUGCGCAUCCCCGCACUCAACUGGCAGGUGCCCAACGUGGAGGGCAAGAAGGCCUCUGUGGCCAUCUACGCGCACCUGGCCUCCAAGUACGGGGGGCAGCUGACGGCGGCGGCGGCGCAGGAGGGCCUGGAGCUGUACGACGAGGUGGUGGCGGACGCCCGCGCCCGGCCCGGGGCACACCCCAACAUCGACUUGCUGUUCCAGGUAAUUGCGGACGGCAGCUCUCACCAGCUGGUGGUGGACAAGCAGUGAGCGGCGGAGCAGUGGCUUGGAUUGGAGACGUCCGGAGGAGUGGAGGAGUGGAGGAGCGGAGCGGCGUGGUGGACAUGCAGUGAGGUGUGAGGAGGAGGGGAGCUGGAAGGAAGCAGAGGAAAAAGGAAGAGAGGAGGGGAGGGUAGGGGAGCAAGGAGGACGGGAGGAGGAAAGGGCUGAGGAGCAAAGCGGAGCGCUGUGCGGGAUGUACGGAAGCUGCGGGAUAGAGCCGUGGUGGGCUCCUCAGGAGAAUGGAGCGUGGAUGCAGGGCGGCAGGUAGGGUUUAGACAGGAAGAAGGCCAGCAGGCAGGCAGGCAGCCAGGCGGCUUGGUCGGACGAGGAGUGAGGCGCGCCGGCACUGCCGAGGGGCAUCACGCACUGGUGUCGCACUGGUGCCAUUGGCUGGGACAGAGGCGUAGCGUGCUGCUAGUGCGUGUGGGGGCGGCGUGGGCUUGAAUGGUGUCCUGCUGAUUGGCUGGUGGGCUGGAAUGCGUACCCGUAUGUUAUCGAAGCGAAGAUGCUUUGAGACUAACACUGCGAAGUCGAGGAAGCCAGCGGGCACAGUAUGCAUGUGGAGGUAGCUAGGGACCGUUUAUUUGCAUGGCUGAGGGACAAUGGGCGAACGGUGCGAUCUUGGGUGCGAUGCAAGGUCUUCCGCCGUCAAGCGGGAGGGAAAGGGACACGAGGUGUGUUGGAUGGCUCUCCGUUGGGACGGCAUCAACGGCCGUUUGUACCGCACUGCUGCACCUUUGUGUGCCAACAAGUGCCGCUGCACGAUUGCGCAGAUAUAGGCCCAAGCAACUCUCCAUCCGGCGCCCAGGGCAGGCCGCCCUCCCCCACCUGCUGGGGCCCAAGGCCAUACAUCCACUGGAUUGCAUUGCGUAAUGGGAGGUUCGCUCCCUUGUCAACCUAGGCCC